CCCGGCAGCUUCUCCAGCUGACAGUCUGCCUGUGAACCGAGCUCCGCCGAAUGUUUGGAAUUGUUGUGAUGGGAGGCCGCGGCCAUCUUGGAUGAGCGCCGCUCCGCAUCGAGCACCAACGGUCGACGGUAACGGCCGAGCAGCCAGCUAGCUAACCUAGAGAGAUUAACUUCAACCUGUUUCUCCUCGAAUGCGACUAUGCUGUAUUUUCGCUGUUUUCUGUAGUCAGUCGUUGCGCGCACCAAAUGGGAACCAGUAGUUUUAAAGGCUUUGCGCCUAUAAUUUAGUAUAGGGCAGAGGCGUUGCUGGUCCUCGGUAUAUUUUUACAUUUCUGAAUUGAGGAGUUACUAUGAAUGGAGGAUAAAUGUUGCCAAAGGCUGACAGCAGCAGUUUCGUCCUCCUCUUCUCUCUUCUCUUCGUCCUCACGCUUACGGACCCACCACGGACAGGUCCACGGCUAGCUCUGGCAAGAUUAUUGUCAGAGCAACGCUGCAACCCUGGGCAGUUCGCCUGCCGCAGUGGGAAGAUGCAGUGUAUUCCCAUGUCCUGGCAGUGUGACGGCUGGACAGCAUGCGAGGACAAAAGUGAUGAGAUGGACUGUCCCCUUUUAAAGGAGGAAAGGUUUCGAUUUGAGGACGGAUACGAGCAGGUAGAAGAUGCUAUGGGUGUUGCUCAGCCAGUGCGCUUCAACAAGAAAUGCCCCAGCGGGUGGCAUCACUACGAUAAGACAGCCAGCUGCUACAAAGUGUACCUGAAGAAUGAGAACUACUGGCAGGCUGUGGAUACGUGCCAGAAGGUUAACGGCUCUCUGGCUACGUUCGUAACCAGCGAGGAACUGCAGUUCAUACUGAAGAUCGAAGUGGAUUCUGAUGACAAAGUGUGUGAGCGCAGAGACCAGUGCAAGUUCUGGGUAGGCUAUCAGUAUGUGAUCACCAAUCGAAGUCACACCCUGGAGGGCCGCUGGGAAGUAGCAUAUAAAGGGUCAAUGCAGGUGUUUUUACCACCUGAAGGCUUAAAGAAGUUUGGGGAGACGUCUCCCUCCCAGGAUAACGUCUUCUGCGCCCAGCUGCAACGCUUUCAGAUCAGGAGCAUGAAUGAACGAGGCCUGCACAGCUGGCACGCUGAAAACUGCUACAAGAAGUUCCCCUUCCUGUGCAAGAGGAGGCAGACAUGCGUUGACAUAAAAGACAAUGUCGUAAACGAGGGCUACUACUUCACCCCGAAGGGAGACGACCCGUGUUUGAGCUGCACAUGUCAUGACGGCGAGCCAGAGAUGUGUGUGGCGGCGCUGUGUGAGCGACCGCAAGGCUGCAAUCACUUUCAAAAGGACCCCAAGGAGUGCUGCAAGUUCACCUGCCUAGAUCCUGAUGGAAGCAGUCUGUUUGAUUCGAUGGCUAGUGGGAUGAGGCUGAUCGUCAGCUGCAUCUCAUCCUUUCUCAUACUGUUGCUGCUGCUCUUCAUGGUGCACAGACUGCGUCAGAGAAGACGUGAACGCAUCGAAACUCUGAUCGGUGGAAACUUGCACCACUUCAACCUAGGACGACGAGUUCCAGGCUUCGACUACGGACCUGAUGCCUUUGGAACUGGUCUCACUCCUCUGCAUCUGUCUGACGAUGGAGAGGGGGGCGCUUUCCAUUUCCAGGAGCCUCCCCCGCCGUACGCAGCCUAUAAAUACCCCGACAUCCAGCACCCGGAUGAUCCCCCCCCACCAUACGAAGCCUCCAUCAACCCAGACACCUUCCUCUACGUGGACUUCGGACACAGCGGGGUUUCCAUGGUGCCGAGCCAGAUGAACACUAUGGGGGACGGGCUGGAGGCCGACCUUCCCACCUCCCCUUGUCCAGUGCCAGAUUCUGUGCCAUCGUCUCAAGAGAGGGAGGACUCCAUAGAUAGCAGCACGCUCCUGGUGGGACCUGACACACCAACAGAUGGCCACAGCCCCGCUUCUCUGCCCUCAGACUGCACCUCCUCUCUCAGCACUGUUGUAUAGGAGCCUAAGAGGGAGGGCUAUCAGGAGUUAGAACUGCAGGCUGUUAAUGUCGGCUUCAGGGAGUAGACCUAUAGUUUGUAUAGACGUACGAGAAGGAGCAGCUGACGCCUCCUUGCAGCGGGGCGUUUUUUUUUUUUCUGAAGACAUUUCAGCUGUUUCUUUGUUUUUGAAGUCGCUGGCAUCUGAGGGAGCAACCCGAUAACUCGACGGCUGCACUUAUUUUUGUGCAUACUAGGAAAAAAAAGCUAAGAAGCAGCUAAAUUGGGUGAGAGCUCCCUGAGGAUCAGACUUUAUAGAGCCGAUGUUUUAGUCCAGCAACGAGAGAAAACGACAAACCCAACUUGUGUUGCUUUGUGCGCUUUUUGUUGGCGUCACACUUUGAAACUGCAGCAUCUUUAUUGAUCUCCAAGCUACUAUAACAUCCACUCCUUUCUGCCGCAGCAUGACCCAGAGCUGAUUAAAACCUUCUGCUCCCCCCCCUUCAUUUUUACAAUCUGACCUAAGCAGCUGUCUUCCAGAUUUAUAGCGCAGAUUUGCAGAACCAGAUAUUUUUUAGCUCAGAGAUUAACUUUAAGGAGGCUGUUGGUAGUUGGGUUUUUAUCGGGCUAUGCUGGGGAAAAAAAAAAAAAAGCUUUAGAUAUCAGAAGAAUGGUGAUGCUGAUAAUCA